AUGAAGACAUUUCAACGUGAAGACUUUCGGACUAUAAACGAGAAACGUUCUUGUCCAGGUAAAGACUUGUUAAUUGAAAAACUGAAACAAGAUAUAGAUGAAGUGAAACAUUUCUGCAAGAAUUUAGACAUUAUAUGGACAGAAUUAAAAAGCAUCAAAGCUAAGGAAUACGAUAUGGACGAUAUGAGUAAUAGUUGGAACGAAAUGGUCAAGAAGGACUUCGAUAAUAAUAUUAAAAAUUAUACAUACAAGUCUAUCAUAAUCAAUUACGUCGCAAGUCACAAGAGUGGACUAACAAAGGACAAAUCUUCUUCAUCUCAAGAGAAAAUCGAAAAUCAUUUUGGAGUCAUAUUCGAAUUUAAAAUGAAUAAUUGA